AUGGGUUUCUUCUCGGUGAGCUCCACCAUCUGCCUCGUGCUCCUCGCUGUUGCCACGACCGCGAAAGAUAUUCGUGCGCGCCGCGACGCCGUCAGCGACGUGCAGAGUGUGAGCGCAUUUAUCCGUAAGUGCACCGCUGAUGAGUUGUCCAAGGGAUGCACCGAGGCGCCCAACGCAUUCGGACCUGACAAAACUUCGUGCAUCUGCGUCGUUGGCCGUGCGCGUCGCGACACCGUCACGACUGUGGUGAAGAGUGUGAGCGUAUCUAUCCGUAAGUGCACCGCUGAUGAGUCGUCCAAGGGAUGCACCGAGGCGCCCAACGAAUUCGGACCUGACAAAACUUCGUGCACCUGCAACUCAGGCCGUGCGCGUCGCGACACCGUUACGACUGUAGUGAAGAGUGUGAGCGGAUUUAUCCGUAAGUGCACCGCUGAUGAGUUGUCCAAGGGAUGCACCGAGGCGCCCAACGCAUUCGGACCUGACAAAACUUCGUGCAUCUGCGUCGUUGGCCGUGUGCGACGUGAUUCCGAUCUCGACCGAGUGAAGAGAAAUGUAUUCGAGCGUGAAUGCACCCACGAGGAAAUGGUCGACAAGCACUGCACUCUUGUCGCUGACAUCGGACAGCCAUUGCGGUGCGAUUGCCCUGAA